GCUGGUCGUCGCCGACGUUCAGCAGACGUGCCCGGUGCACUUGACAACGAUGCCCAUCCAUCUCUCUCCUCCCGCCCCAUCUAUGACUGGCUCUGUCGCCACGGGGACCUCCUCCAUCACCCUCGUCAAUGGAUCGUCCUCCGAGAACGAGUCGUUCACGUUCGCUGACCUGGUCGCUUCGCUCGAGGGCAGGGACCCUGCCCAGCAGCUUGACAUACUCAAUGAACGGCUCGUGCUCGAAAACCGCAUUAAGGAGGGUGCAGAGAACCUGCUGAACAUGAACUUGGCUGACUCCCUGCGCCUGAAAGUGGAAACGGAGCUGGAAAUGGCUCGAAGCAAGAUAGAUGCCAUCGUGAAGCGGAUCGAGCAGCAGCAGGCCGCAUUGAACAAGUCUCGCCAGAAUCAGGCGAACACGGCCCCCAAGCACCAGAUGUUCGUGCAAAAGCGCCCAUCGCGCGACGCCCUGCGAUCGCAGCCCGACGAGCGGACAGCGGCUGUUGAUCAGUCGAAGAACGCACUGCAGAAUGCGAGGGCAUGUCUGAAGAAGCUUGCUGCGCUGGACGCGCAGGCGAAUGGCACGGCGUCUUCCUCCACCGGAUCGCCCGUCUCUGCGCCCGAUCUCGACCGUCAGAAGAUUCAAGUCAUGAACGAGCUGGUGGACAUCCUGCGUAAAACUCUGCGCGUCAGAUAUGAACUCAAUGUCACCGAGAUCAUCGAGAGUGUCAUUCCUUCGCUCGCAGACCGCAGUUCCAAGCAAUGUCGCGCUGCAGCCUACCGUGUAAUCCGGCACGCUCUCGUCGACGUUGACUCCGUCAAGUGCCUCUCCGAGCAAUAUCUCGACUGGUACAUCGUCAAGUCCCUCACUCGCGACAAUAAAUGCGCCGUCGAGAAGGAGCAGGUUAUCAAGCUCAUCCGCACGAUAGUCGAAGUCGGGUCAGAGCGCAGCGAGUCCGCCCCGCGCGUGCCGCUGUCCGAAUCCAUCAUGCGCGCGUUCAUCGCCGUGGCGGAGCAUAUUGAAGACCCAUUCAGGCUGAUCUGCGUGCAAACACUCGUGGAGAUCCUGCUCAUUGAUAUCGAUUUGGUAGCCAGAACGGGUGGGAUUAGGUUCCUUCUGCAUGUCCUAGGCGACGGGCCAGCGGAGAUAUCGUCCUUGAUUGCGUCGGCGUUUCUGCAUAUUGUGGAUUCGCCGAAGACGAGGAGGUAUUUACGACUGGGGUAUGACAUUGAGAUCGCCUUGACUGCCAUCACGGACGCAUAUGGGAAGGGUACAGAACAUGCUGAUCGAAUGCGAGGGUGCGCGAAGAUCGUCCAAUUGCUGCUACGAAGCUGGAGCGGCUUGAUGUAUCUCUGUAUGGGCAAUAUGGGUGCUAUUAGAUCUCUCAUCGACAUGUUGACGUUACCCUCCUUGGAAACUCGAGAUAUCAUUCUCGACAUGUUCUUCGACCUCCUCAACAUACGAGCACCCGACUGGUACCAGACCUUCAUCGAUGGGCGACGAUUAACUAUGUAUCGCAAGAGUCGGGACUCGACGGAGAAAGCCCAGUCCGAAACUACCGAACGGCCCGUCGUUGCGCCUUACCAGAAGCUCACGGACCAGUACAUCGGCCUCCUCAUCAUGGUCUUCACCCAUGCUGGCCUUUUCGAAGCCCUCACCUCCAUGGUCACCGAAACCACUACCGGUUCGAACCUCUCCCGCAAAGCCACCCUCCUCAUCGCCGAAACCCUCCACCUCGCCAACCGCGUCCUCCCCCUCAACGCCGCUGCUAAAGUGCAAGCCAUUAGCCGUAUCUUCUGCAUGGCGGCCGAUAGGUCGAAUGUGGAUUUCCGGAUAAUCGGGACGACAACACUGGCGGCGAUUGACAGCUUCAACCGAAAUCGGACGAAGUUGGAGCCGAAUGCGAGUGUGAAGCAGGUGCGGCCGAGAGCAAACUCGGUGGAGGACGCCGUGCGCAGAGGGCAACGACAGGUGGAGCAGGUCAAGCUCAAGAUGGGAAUGAACAUGGACGACAAGCAGUUCCAGUCGACCUUUGUGGAGGCGCAGGUCCUCGCGCAGAAGGACCACACAAAGUGGAACUUCGACACCGUCGUUGAGCUCGUCGAAGGGCCCUUCCUCGUACCCAAACGUGUCGAGGAGGCCAUCCGCGUGCGCUUCAUCCGACGCGUUAUGUCGUUCUACCAUCCCUUCAGCCAUAGGUUCUCCGAUAUGCCGCGCAACAAGACGAACCAAAAAUGGGUCCGACUUGGAUGCUCGCUGCUGAAUACCCUCAUGUCGACGGCUGAGGGCGUGCGGUACCUAUCCAACGAGGACCAGUUUCUUACACAGAUUGUGAAGGCUUUCGCACAGCUUGAUCCGUUUAACGGCAUGACCGACAGCGACCCCAUCUUCUCCAAAAAACGGGUUGCGGAGACGCUCACCUAUGGCUACCUCGAGAUGCUAGGCACCAUAAGUCGGCAUAAGGAAGGUGUAGAGCUCAUGGAGAAGUUCAAGGUCUUCACUGCGUUCUAUCAUCUCAGCGAGUUGCGCAGUCGGGAGGAUCUGAUCAAGGGAAUCAUCGAGAAUCUAGACUAUAGCAUUGACGGUCAUCCUCGGAUAGUCCUCUCGAAGGCGCUCACGUCCAGCUACAAGCACAUCCGUCUUUACGCGACGCGGCACCUCGGCGAUCUCAUAAGAGCUUCACCGACCGCGAAUGCGUGGACGCUGCGCCUGCUAGUGACACAGCUGUAUGAUCCAGCGCUCGAAGUGUGCUCCUUAGCCGUACGCUUUCUGGAGGAUGCGUGCGAGUCGAAAGACAUCCUACAACUCGUGGUCGAGAUGCGGCCGACGCUCGACCAUCUGGGCGAUAUGGGUCAUCCGUUGCUGUUGAAGUUCAUGUCGACGGCGAUCGGCUUCCGAUACUUGUACGACGCCGGUUACAUUGACCGCGAGAUGGAUAUCUGGUUCAACGAACGGAAUAUCUACUACGUCGUCCAGGUCGAGGUCUUCCUGUCAAAGGUGUUCAGCGACGGGGAAGAUACCCCUGACAAGCUGACCUUCGACGGCGCUGUGCCGCCACACUUUUACGGCGAGAUGGCGAAAACCGACCUCGGGUGUCAGAUCCUGCAGGAGAAGGGGCACUUCUCAGAGUUCUCGCAGUUCAUCAGGAGACACGGACUAGAGGGCGAAGACGUUGAACUCAUCACGAAGCUGAAGAGCAUAUUGUGGGCAGUGGGGAACGUCGGUGCAACGGAGGGCGGUCUCCCAUUCUUGGAGGAAGAGGACAUCAUUCCCGCUGUGCUCGACAUUGCGGAGCAGUCGCCAAUAUCUUCCGUCAGGGGGACAUGCUUUUUCGUGCUCGGUCUGAUAUCGUCGACAUCGCAAGGCGCCGAGAUAUUGGACGAUUAUGAAUGGGAGUCAACAUUAUCGCCCCUCGGGUUACCGACCGGGCUGUGUAUGCCGCAGCAUGUAGAGCGCUUCGCCACGCUGCCGCCUUGGGAGGAAUACCAAUCGAGCGACAGCACGAUACGCCUGCUACCGCCGAAGGAGCCCAAAGAGCUGGAGGUGUUGACAGCCAUCCAGAACCUGGCCAAUACGGUUAUCGCGAACACAGCAUCGCGGUCAUUAGCGAAAAUGAAAUCACGUCCGGAAUACCACGACAUCUUCUCAUCGCCAGCCAUGUUCUAUCGCGCGCUGCAAACAAUAUCUGGGCAACAUUACCGCUUGCCAGUACGGCGGUACAUCAUCGACCUCUUCAACCUCGAAUUAAACGCGGAGACGGUCCAAAAGCUGCACGAGGCGAGCAGGACAAUGGUGCCGCAUCCAUCACACAAGCCAUCGUACUCGGAGGUGAACCGAUACAGUAUGUUGGGACGACUAGGGCGGCCGGCUUCGGACGACGAAGAUUCGAUCAGCUCAGUAGCGUCGAUACAACGCACGACGGACGAGAAGCCAACGGAAGAGCCAGAGCCCUUGGCGAUGCCCGCCGUGAACAAGAUUGUUGGUUUCAGUGCAUGACCAAACCUUUCACCUUCUACUCAUGUCAAUAGCAUUGUCGCAUGAUUAAAUAUACCUCUUAAUCUGGAUGGACG